AUGGGGACGGGGGCCGUGCCGCCCGAGGGGUGGGGUCUGCGUGAUGUCACAACAACGACGGCCAAUCAGAGGCGGGCUCGCGGCGGCGGCGCUGACAUCGCGGUGUGCCUAGGCGGCGGAGAGGAGGAAGAGGGCGGAGGCAGCUUCCCGCACUUCGGAGCCGGUUCCUGUGCACCUCCCGGCCGCUGCCCUGCUCCCCUGCGUCCUCGGGACUCUCCGACCAGCUCCGCCUGGUCCCCGCCCAGGCCAGCCCCGGGUCUGGAGUCCCAGCCUGAUGCAGCCAGCAGUCCGCCUCAUGAACCCAGCUCCCGGCCUCCGCCGCCACCUGGGCCCGCCCCGACGCUCCCCACCUCGAGCACCUUCAGCCUCCUCGACUGCUUCCCCUGUCCCCCAGCCCUGGUGGUGGAAGAGGACGGAGACUUAGGGCCGGCUUCCUCGCUUCGCCUCCAGGGAGACGCAAAGCCUCCGCCUGCCCACCCGCUGUGGAGGUGGCAGAUGGGAGGGCCCGCUGUCCCCGAGCCCCCGGGCCUCAAAUCCUGGUGGGUCAACUUGGAAGAACUCUGAGCAUUCGGUCUCCUCUACCCGGGGGCAAAUCGGGUCCCCGAGCAGAGUGAGGACUCCAGGAGGGUGUCUUGAUUCUCAAAUUUGUCUGUUUCUUUGCGUUUUAUGGAUUGUGUGUCGAGGGACCUCAAAUGACAGUGAUCUUCAAGCACCUGAAAGGUCGGGGUGAUAUUCCCUCCUCGUCUUUGCGCAGGAACCAAGGGCUGGCGUCCGGAAAAGCCUUAACUGUAGAAGGCUGCGUGACCUGCUCCAUCUCUGUCCUCAGCGGGCGGCCAGGGCCUUCACCCUAGGGGAGCAAAGCGGCUACUGCCCAGAGACCAAAAGAAAGGGACCGAGGGACGGACUUUGGUGAUGGACAAACCGGUUGUUUCCAUGUUUGAGGGCCAGUUUAGGGAUGUGGGAGUUGUGGUGGGGUAGGAAAGUGAUUGACAGCUCCCUGGGGGCAUCCUCCACCCCCAAUACUCAGACCUUUAACCCUUUACACCCCCUUCCUUUUCUAUUCCUAGCCCUACCUCUCCCCAAGUUCAGGUGAUUCUCCUGUGCGAGAGCUUCAGUCUCAGCCAGCAGACUUUUGUCCAGUUUUGGAGUUUCCCUUUGCCAUAAGGUUUGAUGGGUGAAAGAGACCUCCAGCCCCACUUUCCUCCUCCUCCCACAAAGAGGAGAGGGCCGGAGGGCCCAGUGGUGCGGCCCAAGGCUGGUUUUGCCUGGGGAAGGGGUCAAAAAUUCUUUGGGAAAAUAAUGGAAGGUGGAAGAAAUCAAUAAAAUCAGACCAAACAAGUCGUCUUUCGAGGUACUCUUCCCCCAAUUUGUGCAUGGGAUGGGGUGGAGUUAGGCUAGUCUGAAUCCAUUUUUCAGACAUCCAGACUCAGCCCCUUAACGAGGUGGGUGC